CGCGCUCUAAAUGGUCUGUGCGUUACGAUGUCGUAAGGGGCAGAUCUGAUGCUACAAAAUUAUGGCCUCUGAGGAGCUUAAUAACCUAAGGAAACCAUCUGCAAGACGCUCGAAGCCUGAUAUGGCGGCUUUAGUAGAUCAACAGAGGCUUUUUGAAACGCCCUGGAGUCGCAAGCCUUUAUUUCAAUUAGAAUCACUUGUGCCAGUAGUAUCUGUGCAUGAUCUAGAACCUCACCUAAAUAGCAUGGAACGCGUUGGUUUGACAUCAACGUCCCUCUCUGAGAAGUGUUUCCAAAAACAUCCAUCUAACUCGGUUAAUUCCGUUAAGGACGAUGACAGUUUGACUGUAAAUCAUGGCUCUCGAUAUGCUUACUCGUUUAAUAAAUUGAAGGCGAAUAAGAUUCAUGAUCAGGCUUCAUUCUCUUCAUCUGAUGAUUCUGAUAUGAUUGACACUAAUCAUACAAAUUCUAUUGAUGAUGAAGAAGUAGAAGAUGAUGAUGAUAAUCUCCCUUUGUCCACAUUCCUUCCAUUGAAAUCCUCCGAUCGAUUAACUACUCAUAAUACAACUACUACUAAUCUUAUCCCUAAUCAUCAUCAACAUCAUUAUGAUGAUGAUGAUGACGAUAACCAUAGCAUGGAUAACCAGAAAAAUUCCAUCCCAUCUUGUCCAUGUACAAAAGCUGCAGUCCUAGAUGAUCCACGAUUAGAUGGAUUAUUUUGUUCACCUGAAUGUCUUAUACGUUCAUGUCAUGAAGCAUUUGAUGUAUGGUUGAGAAAUCAUCAUUGUAUUAAAAAUAAUGAUUCUAUUAUUUGAAAAUUUAAAGAGUAUGCAGAAAAAAGUACAACAACAACAACAAUAGCUAGUAUUAUUACUUUUGUGUGUGCGCGUGAAUCUAAUUUCAAUUUGUACAUAUUUGUAAUUGCUUUUGUCUAUGUCAUGUUAAAUUGAUUCAUAUCUGUGUAUAAUUAGGCGUGUAUGAUUGAAAUGUGUACAGAUAUUUGUGUAGAAAGAAGAA